AUGCGUAGUAAAGUUAAACGUAGAUUUCGUGCAAUUAGAAGAGAGAAAAUUUAUGAACCAGUUGAUAAAGCACAAUCAAUAUCGACAUCAUCAUCCUCAUUAAAUCAAGGUUUGUUGUUGUCAACUUCAACUUUAUCAUUUUAUGAAGUUUUAGGACUGAUAGAUCCGGAUAUUAUAGAC